AUGAUCCGCACCCAUGUGACGUUCACCAAUAUAAAGUGCGCUUCAAAGGACAUUAAGUUCUCAAACUUUUCAAAGUGUUACAUAAAAGCGGUAAACCGUACUCAUAAAUAUAUCGAUUUCCAUAUAAAUAUCUAUCAAAAAAUGGUGGACAAUGUCACAGUUAACGUAAAGUUUAUGCGACAGGAUCAUGGCUAUAAGCCAUUUUUCGUUGAUGUCACCAUUGACGGCUGCAAGUUCCUUAAAAACCAACGGCAACCGAUGGCAAAAAUGAUUUUUGAUGUGUACAAGAGUAGUUCCAAUCUUAAUCACACAUGCCCAUAUAAUCACGACAUUAUUGUGGACCACCUUUGGACUGGAAACCUUGAAGGUGAUGUUUUGAAAUACCUCCCUUUAAAAAAUGGCGAUUAUGCUAUCUUUUCGGAAUGGUCUGCAUAUAAUGUUGUUCGAGCUAUUAUAAAUGUAUACAUACGGAUAACUAAUAAUUAA